AUGGCGUCUGGACCAUCGCGAUUGUGCCCGUCCGGUGCGUCUCCUUUUUUUGUCUUUAUCGCUCCUUUGGCCGCGUGUGGCCUUGCCCGUGCUCGAGAACAUGAGCGUGACGAUCGAUUCGGUCACUAUUCUUGUUACAGUUACCACCUUGCUGUAGGUCGCUCGACAGGCCUCAUGGAGGGCGCCAAUGCACCGCCAAUCGCUGCUGCUCCUGGCGGCUUCUCCUCCUCCUUUCUCCGCCGUCAGCACUCGACCUCCAGCCUUCCUCCGCCCUUGAGAUCCCUAGCCGCGUCGCCCCCUUCAGCUGGCCCGGCCGCCGUGCGAAGGAAACCUCUUCCUGAUGAUGCUUCGCCCGUAGUGCUUCCUGGACACUCCCAAGUCUCUGCGCCGUCUCCAGCUGCCGGCUCCAAUCCCCAGGCCGGCCAGCCUCCUUCCCCGAAAUAUCUCGAGACUCUCGACGAGUCUCUUCCGUUCGUCCCAAGAGAUCUUGACCGUCCGGCCCGGCAUCUGGAGAGGGGAGAAAACGACGCAUACAUCUCGAAUGGAACGCCCGUUCAUUCCCGUCUCGCCAGUGAACCCGUCAUCCCGGUGCUGAAGUCUCCGCCGCCUCUCGACGACCCCAGGAGGUCUGAGGCUAUGGCCCUGCAGCCUCCUGUGAGCAAACCGCCGCCUCUCCGUAUCGACGCCAAUCAACGAAGUAUGUCGUCCAGCUCUGCCGACAAACCCCCAAAGACGCCUGGGAGCAAAAUCACCUCCUUCUUCGGUUGGAAGACCGUUUCGUCUCCCGGGGCGGAAUCCACCAGUACCGAAAUCAGCGAUACCGGCCGCUCCCCGUUACCAUCUCCCUUACCCCAACAACCUGCUCAGACCUCGCCCUAUGCCCCGAAAUCCACUCCGGCCGCCGGUGAUGCCUCCCACAUCAAUGGAUUCCCACACCCCGCGCGAAUGGGCUCCCUGGGCGCCGUCCCUAGCGCCGAUCCUGACCUCCCUUCCAAGCUUUCGCAGCUGGAAAAUGAACUCCGGGAGGUCAGUACCGAGCUAGCGGCGUCAAUCAAGCGUGAAAUGGAGCUGGAGGACCUGGUGGAGAGACUGCAGUUGGAAGCAAACUCGGAUGCGAACCGUCGAACCAGUGACUAUUUCUCAGACUCGGGGACAGUUUCGAUCAAAACCGAAAGCGUAAGGACCGAAGAUAUCGAGCGAAUCAAAAGGGCGGCAGAACAGGAGCGAGCCCAGUUAAAAGUCGAGUGGAGCCAGAGGUGGCAGGAAGAGAGGUCGCGGAGAACGGCCUGUGAGUCUCAUGUGCAACUGCUGGAAAGCCAGCUCCAACAGGUGAGUAUAUACCGCCCCAUCCGCUUCACCCUUCUACCCGCUAACGAUGCGCAGUUUCGCCGGGAGAGAGACGAUGCGUCCAACCUGGCUUCCCGAACGAAAGAGCUCGAAACCGCCCUCGAGGACACGCGGCGAAAACUCACCGAGGAGAGACAAUUGAAAGAUAACUUUGAGGACUUACUGACUGCAAUGAGGGUCGAACUGGAGCAACUUCGAAAUGAACGAGAUCUUUUCAGAGACGCGGCACAAAAGGGUCGAUUCGCGGCGAUAGCAGAGGAAGAGGGAGUCCCUUCGAAUAAUAAACGAGGUUCGAUGAUUGGACUCUCAAGGUCGAAUUCGCUAGCUCGGAUGCCGAGGUCAGGGGGCGGUCUCUCGAGAUCGAACUCCGUCUCCGGCAAGGAUCGUGAAUCCCGCGAGUCGCUAGCAGAGCGAGUGAAGGAUGUAGAAGCCCAGCGUGAUGCGCUACACAAGGCUCUGAAAAGUCUGCUCGAGCGCCAGGCCUAUCAGGCCCGAGAAAAUGAGAAACGCAUCAAGAUCCUGGAACUUGAGCUCGAGCAGGCUAAACAAAUGAACAGCGCCCCGCGCAAGCUAGGAUACGAGCGCGAAGUCCGAAACCUACGGGAAGAAAUCAAUAGUCUGAGGCGACGCGCAGACGAAGCUCUCAUGCAGAAAUGGCAAUGUGAGAAGGGACUAGCUGGUCUCAAGAUGGAUCUGGACCGUGCGGCGCAGGAAACCAGCUCGCUGCGGGCGUUACUGCAGGAGCAUGAUACUGAUAUCCCCGAGCACCUUGCUGCUACGCAGGAAGGGCUGGCAAAUGUGCAAGCAACUUCCUCAUCUUUGGAAGCUGCAUACAAGCAGCUGCAAGCUGACAUGGAGUACGCUGAAGCUAAUGCACCUAGCGCCCUGGAGGAGGGUCGAAUGGAAGCCCUUGCCGAGCAGGUGCGACAGCAGCUGGAGGCAAACAACGCGUUGCGCCAACGUUUGGCGGAGACGAUUGCCAAGGGUGAACGAGAUCAGAAGCUGUCCGCUUCCCGGAUCAAUGAGCUGCAGGACAAGCUCAAGAAUCUGGAGGACGCUUUGAUGGUCGCACAGCACCAUUCUGAAGAAGAGAUCGCGAAGCAUGAGGAAGAAAUUCGGGCCAUCAAGGAGAGCCACAACGCACAGCUCAUGCGUGCGAGAAAUGGAAUCAAAACCCCUGUUUCGCUCUCGCCUAGACUUCCCACAUCUCCCUUCUCGGGUAACCGAUCUCCGCGUCUCGACUUGACCACCAGUGGUCUAGGAGUUCCCCUGCACCAGGCGAUCCAGACGGAAAAGCUUGAAAUGAGGGUCAAGGAACUUGAAAAGGCCCUCCGCGAUGCUGAAUUUGAGAUGGAAGAGGUAGUGGGACGAAUGAACAAGGCCCAAGUUGAAGUGGAAGAGCUCCAGUCAGACAGGGAUGAGGCUCUCCGUCAGACCCGCCGCUUAGAAGCCGAAAUCAUGGCUGAGCGGGAGAAACUCAAGGCCGUCAUGGGCUGA